AUGAAGUUACCUAGAACAGUACGUAUAUCUCGCCGGGGACAACUGUCUGCCACAGAUGAAAUAUGUACCAUUCAUUCGUUUGAGGCCCUUUUCAAACCCAAAGGUGUUUCGAAAUUUUUAGAAAUAAGCAAGGGAAAUCGCGGGAAAUCUCCAUCGCAGUACGAAAGUUUGGGUCGAAGAGCGGCGUCCGGCAAGAGGAGGCGGUCAAGUGGCAUUCUCCUGCUAGCGGCAAAGGAGACUACGCGUCGUCCGAGGGGGAGAGCGAGAGGGUGUGAGGGCCUAGUGCUGCUUCUUCAGGGAAAAGCAGGUAGAACAAGGAUGAGGACUGCCAUUUGGGUGAUUUUGUGCUUCGGGCUGUGUGCUGGGCAAACGAAGGAGCCGUCCAUCACUAUUGAUCCCGAUGGAGAAAUCCCAGUGGUUGAAGGAUUUGGCGGGAACAUCGAUAUUGUGGAAGAAGACGAUGUCCUUGUUUUAACAAGGGACAAUUUCUUGCAUGUUGUAAAUCCAAAAGAUGUUAUACUUGUUGAGUUUUAUGCACCAUGGUGUGGCCACUGCAAGUCUCUAGCCCCAGAUUAUGCAGCUGCAGCACGUGAGUUAAAAGAGGAUGGUAUACAUCUUGCCAAGGUGGAUGCUACAAAGGAGACAGAACUUGCAAAGGAACACCUUGUGUCUGGUUAUCCAACAAUAAAACUGUUCAAGAAAGGUCAACCUGUUGAAGACUAUUCUGGAGCAAGGACAUCUCAAGCUAUUGUAGAGUACAUGCGCAUGCAUGCUGACCCUAACUAUCAGCCUCCACCCUCUGCUGUAAUGGUCCUAACUAGUGCUAACUUCUCAAAGACCAUUAAAUCCAAAGAACUCAUCCUUGUUGAAUUUUAUGCCCAAUGGUGCCGCCACUGCAAAGCGCUUGAACCAGAGUAUGAAGGAGCUGCCAAAGAGCUGUUGAAAGUUGGUAUCCCACUAGCAAAGGUAGAUGGCCCAGAGGAGAAGGAACUUGCUGAUGAAUAUGGAGUUUCUGGCUAUCCAACGCUUAUGGUAUUUCGAAAUGGGAGACGAUUUGACUUCAAAGGUCGGAGAGACUUAGAGGGAAUUAUAGAGUACAUGAAGGAACAAGCCAAGCUUCCAUCAAUGGAGAUAAAAUCGGUACUAGAAAUGCAAAAUAACAUGGCUCGAACAGAUGCUACCAUUAUUGGUUACUUCACUGAGAUGGGUGACAUGUUUGAAGAAUAUAUUGGAGCAGCUAAUGAGCUCAGAGGCAAACUUCCUUUCUACCACACAUUGGAGCCAUCAGUUGCUGAGCAUUUCAAGCUAAAGGACAAUUCCAUUACAGUUAUUAUGCCCGAGAUUUAUCAUUCCAAAUAUGAAGACCGUGUUUUCAGAUAUACCAAGACCACAGCAACAUAUAAGGAUAUUGGGCUGUGGAUAGCUAAGAAGAGUGUCCCAUUAGUUGGUCAGCGUACAAAGAGUAACAUGGACUUCAAAUAUGAAACUAGACCCUUGGUUGUGGUGUACUAUGAUGUUAAUUUUUCACAUCAGUAUGUUAAAGAUACACAGUUUAUUCGCAAUAAAGUCUUGCCUGUAGCAGAUGCAAAUAGAGAUAUCCUCUUUGCUAUUUCUGAUGAAGAGGAAUUUGAAGACGAGAUCAAGAGUCUAGGGUUGGAAGAUUCUGGUGAAUCUGUAAAUGUUGGACUGUUCUCAAGUAAAUUAAAGUAUCCUCUAGAACCUGAGGAUGAUUUUAGCUCAGAUGUAUUAAGUGAAUUUAUUGAUGAAUUUAAGGCUGGAAAACGAAAGCCAUUCCUGAAGUCUCAGCCCGUACCCAAGAAGCAGGAGGGCCCAGUGCGCAUCUUUGUGGCCAAGAACUUUGAAGAGGAAGUUAUGCAGUCAAAGAAGGACGUCCUCAUAGAAUUCUAUGCUCCAUGGUGUGGUCAUUGCAAGAAUUUAGAACCAGUUUAUAAAAAAUUAGCCAAGCAACUGUCAAAGAGUAAUGAAGAUGUUGUCGUGGGCAAGAUGGAUGCUACUGCCAAUGAUGUUUCUCCCCUGUUCAAAGUGUCUGGAUUCCCUACGAUCUAUUUCCUCAGGGCAAAUGAAAAGGAUAACCCAGUGCCAUUUACAGGAGAGCGUUCUCUGAAAAAAUUGAAGGAAUUUGUAGAGCAGGAGUCCUCCAUUUUUAAUUAUGAAGAUAAACAAGAGGGUAAUAUAAAAGAGGAACUCUAGUAUCUUAAGAAAACUGAAAGCUGAAUGAGUAUGGAGGACUAUUUUAUUGGAACUAGUACACAAAAUCCAAAAGUAGAAAGGAAUUCCAAA